CCUAGAUUUUUGACCCUUCGCUUCAUUAUCGAACGUAUUCGCUUCGUAUCUGUUUAGUGUACAGAUAGCGAAUGAUCGAUAACGAAGCGAAGGGUCAAAAAUCGAGGUUCUCGUGAAGCUAGGUGUUGCGUCAGUCAUGCACGGAACGAUUAUCUACAAACUAUUUGUUAUGUGUUUAGGAAAGUAAUAUACCUACCGAUAAAUUAUUAAGAAUACUAUAAAUAUUUACAAAAAACAACGAUUACACCAUCAGAGAACAAAACAGUAUGGUUCAGUUUAAUAAAGGAAAUAAGGGUUCGUACAAUUAUGGGAUCAAAGUAAUACUUACUGCCAUUUAUAUACCUACCUACGAUUGUUUUUCUACUGAUGAGCUGUACGAAGUAGUGGCAGAUAUUAAAAACUAUGAUAAAUUCUUGCCAUUUUGUACAAAAUCAACGAUACUAUCCAAUGACCCUCAGCAAUGUAUAGCAAAUUUGGAAAUUGGAUUUCCGCCUAUAGUCGAAAACUAUACAUCUAUAGUAAAGCUCAUUGAAUCGAAUUUAGUCCGGGCCAGAUGCUUCGAUGGUAGGCUGUUUCAUUACCUAGAAUCAACUUGGGUGUUCAAUCCUGCUUUGGAAAGUAAUCCGAGAACAUGCUUGACUGAUUAUUCCCUUAAAUUUUGUUUUAAGUCGAAGCUAUAUUCUCAUAUUGCGUCAGUGUUUUUCAAGUACUUAGUUCAAGAAAUGGAAAAUGCUUUUAUAAAUGAAGCUGUGAGAAGAUAUGGCCAACCUUCAAUAUCUAUGUAUAAACUCAGUCCAGCUAGUAUUUCCCCAGAGUUAAAAUAAUUUUCUUUUGUUUAUUUACAUGUAUGUAUUGAUUUGAUCAAAAAUAAAAAAGAUAUUAAACA